AUGGCAACCAAGAUGGUGAUUCAACAGCCUAAGCCAUUGGUAGUGGCUGCUGCAUCAGACCAGUGGAGCACCAGCAUCUGUGAAUGCGACAGCGUCAAUGAAUGUUGUUUCUCUGUGUGGUGUUUCCCUUGCUUUGCCUGCGUUACAGCCAGAGACCACGGAGAAUGUCUUUGUCUCCCUCUACUUGACAGCUGCGGGUGUAUUCCCCCAAUCACUCUCUCCAUGAGGGUAUCCACACGCCGACGUUAUGGCAUCACGGACUCUAUCUGCAAUGACUGUGUGUACUCUCUCUUCUGUGGACCGUGCUCAUGGUGCCAGAUCAGACGAGAGAUGAAGGCAAGACUCCAUCCUGUCACUCUGUUCAACAACAGGCCAACCUAAUGAUCGCCAUC